AAAUGAAAUUUGUUUUGAAAAUUUUAUCCAAUCAACCAGGCAGAAAGUCCAAAUUAAUAUUUUAGAUUUUAAUUUUAAAGUCGCGCUAUUUGAAUCAGUUUAUCAAGAACAUGGACAACACUUUGGAUAAUCAACUGGUUAACGAAGCCGUUGAUAUGAUGAGCAAUCUGAAGAUCAUAGCAGAGCCUGGUGAACCCAAUGAACUAACUUCCGCCGGGGACAGUGAAAUAAAGGUGAAAGCUGUUAACAGACGCUUGAGCCUGCACACCCUGGCCCAGGUUGUGCUGAUGCUGCAGAAGCGUUUGAAUCAUGCCAAAUCGAUGGCCGAUUAUGUUGAUGUCACCGAUGAUGUUGUCUAUUGGCGUGCACUGGCCAUGUCGCGCGGCCAGGAGAUUGAACGCUUUCUAAAUGUUAUUGAGCUGCAAAAGAAGCGCAUUGAUACCUUGGAACGUGAUCUGGGCACACUGGUGAAUCUGGCGCAGGAAACACAAAAGAUGCUGGCCGACAUCAGUCCCGAGAAGCCUAGCAGCGAUAAGCCAAGAAAUUAGUCAACCAAUUUACCUGAGCAUAUAACGCAAACCUUCAGGAAUGAGCGUUAUUUAGGAAGACUUGAAAAAGUCUAGCAUUUUUUUUUAAAUAAUUGUUUUACUCACUGUUAGAAUUUUGUGCGUGCAGUUAAAGCGAUGCAAAUAUAAUGUAUUCGAAAUCUUG